AUGGGUGAAGAUGAAGAAGAAGACCCUGAAGAAAACCCUGAAGAAGACCCUGAAGAAGGGGAAACAAUGAAGGUGGCACGAAUUUGGUUUAAAUCUCUCCAAGCUAGGAAAGAGGCGAAAGUGAAUGGAGUUCCCAUUCGUCUUGUACGUGCUGCGAACCAUCGGAUUGUUUUGUUAGUGAGAGGCCUUGAUCCUGAAAAGUCAGAAUCAGAUAUCAAGGCUCAACUAACAAAACAUUUUGAUUCGUGCGGUGGGAUCAAGAAAAUCUUUAUUCCUAAAGAUGAAAACGGUCGCUGUUUAAGUUUUGGAUACGUCUUUAUGGUUCAGGAAGGUCAUAAAGCAGAGAUGAAGGAUUCAUCUGUAAUGGAAGGUGGUGGUGUGAUCAGGGUCUCAGAUUGCACCCUCCAGGCGAGGUUUAAGAAAAUUAAGGAAAAGAUGGAGGCGGAGGGGUGGGUGAAUUCUGAGGAAGAGGAAGAGGAAGAGGAUGAGGAAGAUGGGAUAGUGUUUGGGGAUGAAGAGAUUGAGGAUGAUGAUUCAGAGGGUUCUGAGUAGGUAAAUAAAUUCAGAGGAUGGUUGGUUUAGUUAUUAAGGGUUUGGUCAUUUUGUUAUAGACCUAAACAAUCUAUCUAUCUAAUUAUAAAGUAUGGUAUGGUUCUCUCUCCUGUCAGUGGGCCACCUCGGAUUCCACGUAGGAGCUGACAUGUCCUCAGUUUUCGUUUUGAUUAUUUUGUUGCGUGUAUUGUUAAUAGGCCUCGAUCUCCAAUUGUUUGGUUUUCUUUGGGCUGCAACAUCUUUUAUUUAUUUGUGGGCUACGAGACACAAUAUUUGCUCUGUUAAAAGAAAGGGUAAAAGAUCGUCUUCUUCAA